UGGCCUGGUGGGACCCCAAAUUCAGCGUGGGGAUCGUCGUACAUAAAGCCAAAGGUGAAAAUCUGUCAUUUCUAUCUUCACGCGGUAAAGAAACUUCUGCUUAUUGCCCGCCAGCGUUGUCAGCAAUUAUUUUAAGCCAUUGACAGCUUUGUGGUUUGUUCCGCCUGUUUUCCUGGUAACGAGAGGGCAACCCCUCCCCCUGCCUUUCUUCCUUUGACUGCUUCAUUUGUGAUUCACAGACCCAGAAAAGAGGGCUCAAGAAAGGGCGAAUCAAGGUCUGGUUUUGAAAAUGCCCUCUUCAAUGUUUUGGUGUUAUCAGUGCGAAUGUGAAGUGGCUGUGACAGCUGCCAGGGAUGAGGAGAAGCUUUGCCCUCAGUGUAACUCAGGUUUUGUGGAAGAACUAGGGCACGAAAGCGUGGGGGAAGAUGCUGGUGGAAGCAGCACUAGUGGUGCUGGACUUCCUCCUCCAUUCCAUCCUCCUCCCCAUUUGAUGAUGAGGUGGGGAGCACGGCGCUGGAUGAGGGAGCGGCGAUACCGCCAUGGUCCUACUCCUCCUGCUUCUCAUAUGCCGGCCAAUCCGAUGGAUUUGCACAUGGAAAUGAUGGAGACGAUGAGUGCUUUCAUGAGUGGCAUGGAUGGCCAUGGCUCUGGUAGAAUUGUACGCGUGAGACAUGGGCACCCUUCGGAUCCGAUGGUGCUUGUCCGCGGUAUGCCUCAUGGACUCAUGGAUGACGAAGGGAGUGUUGAUGUUUUCUACGAUGACCACCACCAUCACCAUCACCACCACAGGAGAUCUGGAUUUGGAAUUGGCCGGAGGCACAACCAUGGUCACGCUCAUAUGGUUGAUUACGGCCUGGAUCAACUGAUUCAGCAUCUGGCCACCACCGGUGUCACCACCGCUGGUUUCAGCGGUAGUCAGAAUGAUAUGACCAGAUGCGGCCCUCUUCCUGCCGCUCGCAGUGCUGUGGAUGCCAUGCCCACUGUUAAAAUUAGUCAGAAACACCUCAGCAUCGACUCUCACUGUGCCGUUUGCACCGAUCAGUUCGAGAUUGGAGGAGAAGCAAGGGAGAUGCCAUGUAAGCACAUAUACCAUGCUGACUGCAUUCUACCAUGGCUUGCACAGCACAAUUCUUGCCCUGUUUGCCGCCACGAACUGCCGGCAGAGGAGGAAGCAUAUGGCCGAGGGCAGGGUGAGAAUGGCAUUGGCCCAACUCCUGAAGAGAAUGGGGGGCUAACAAUAUGGGGCCUCCCUGGUGGGGGUUUUGCAGUUGGCAGAUUCUCCACCCCCCGGGGUAGCAGCAGUAACACAAAUGAGUCCAGCAGCUCCAGAAAUUCCUCUGUAAUAUUUAGAAGAGGAUUUGUUUCAGAUUUGGGUAUCAGGGCAGAGAAUCAAGCUCAAGGUAGGCGAAGCAAUCCUCUGUCUUUCCUGUGGCCAUUUCGAUCAUCCAAUACCAAUUCAGAGUCCUCUUCUAGCAAUAAUAGUACCUCCAGAUGGUGGUUCAGAUAGUUGUGGAUAAGUUUAUUUCAAAUCAUUUAUGUUUACAUGUUGCAAAGAAUAUUUCAUGGAAAAUUUCAUUAUUUGGUUUCAUUGAGGAAGAAGCAGAUCAACGCCUAUGAAAACAUACAUGGAUGGAUGAUCCGGAUUGGUCUACUGUAAUUCUUAUCUGUUUGACUCAUCUCAAAGAUGCUGUGGGGACCUGAGCCUUCCGGGUUGGUUGAUUUCUCUUGGUUUUGCUCAAUUAAUGUUUUUUGCAUUGCUGAGGUCCUUUCUUGGGUCUUUACAGCUGAAAUCUUGAAAUUCUACCUUCUUCCUGCAAAAUGAUUUAGUAUAUAGUUUUAUUCAUGUAAAUAAACGUUCUGUGUUUUCUAUCAUAGGGCCUUAUUCUGAAACUAUUAAAGUAGUCGAGAUUUUGCACUGUUGUGUUAUCCUUUCUGUACAAGGGCACUGUUAAACUUUGUAUGACAGCUUUUAGAAGUUGCAUUACAAAAUCGUCCAUUAUCUCC